AGGCGGGAUUUCCGAGUGGGCGUGUGGUUGCGUUUGAAGAGGAGGUCAAAUGCACUGGUGGAGUUUUGAAAACGUGACUCCGUCUCCAGGAGAGAUUCGCAAGUAGACUAUUGUGUUUUGUAUUUACGGCAGGCGAUAUAUUUUACAGUGUCGAUAUUAUAGCUCGGAAUAAGAAGUACGUGUUGCCGCGUCGGGUGUGCUUUGUCCGUCUCGGACUAAUAGGCAGAUGACAGAAAACGUUAGCUAAUGCUAACUGCAACGUAACAUGCUGCGGGCACGUAUGCACUAGACGGCUCAGUUAUUGACCUUACAACAACAAUAUAACUAUGACCGUAUAGCCAAACGCUAAAUAUCAACUGUGCAGGCGGUAAUGCGUGGUGCAUGCCCACGAAUCAUUAGCUUUCGCCCCGGAGCUCGCUAGCCCCACCGACCUGCUGUCACUUUGCUGAUAUUUAUCUUUGUUUUUUCCGGGGGAACUUGGUCCCGCGUCGCCAUGUUUCACUCCGUGCCCCGUCGUCCCAUUUGCGGGAUUGGUGUCAAAACCGCGAAGCUCCAGAGCAGCAGGUCGUUGCGGCGGGCCGUCGAGGAAGGCCGAGAAACGGUCGGGCGGGUGCCGUUGCUGGGCAGAGGCGCGGGCCUGCUGCUCUCCUGGCUCCAGAGGGCAGGUACGGGUGCCGGUGAGGCCGCGGGAUCCGUCCGAAAGAGGAAGGGUUUGCUCUCCAUAUUCGCGGACCACUGCGGCUUCGUGACCGGGCAGAGGCUGAGGCGCGCCUGCCAGGUGGGAGAGCUCUACUCCAACCUGUACUCCGAGAGGACCAGGUCGGCUCUGGUCGGUAACAUAUGGCGGAGGUUUCAGAGCAAGCACCCCCCUGCUGGGAGACUCGUCGCAGCCUUGGCUGGCAUCUUCCUGUGGGAGAAUGAAAAGAUUCAAGACGAGGAAAUGCAAAGGUGUGGACUUGAGCUACAGGCGAUGGAGGCUAUAAAGAGUCUAAACACAACUUCAGGCACAAAGGCAGGACAGCUUGAACCUGGCUGGGAAGUUGUGGUGGAGAAAAAAGGCUUCAAGGUGUGGAAGCGCCCGAUACCCGACAGUCACCUCUACGAAUACAGAGUGUUGGGCUCCUACAAUGAUGUCACCCCAAGGCAGUUCUUCAAUGUACAGUUGGAUACGGAGUACAGAAAGAAGUGGGAUGCCUUGGUGAUCAAGCUUGAAGUGGUGGACAGAGAUGGCUGCACAGGUUCUGAAGUUGUCCACUGGGCGACACACUUUCCUUAUCCCCUGUACUCGAGGGACUACGUAUAUGUGCGUCGCUAUGAUGUGGACGAAGACAACAACCUGAUGGUCCUGGUAUCCAGAGCUGUGCAGCAUCCCAGAGUCCCAGAGACUCAAGACUUUGUGAGAGUCCAUUCAUACCAGUCAAAGAUGGUCAUCCGCCCGCACAAGUCCUUUGAUGAGAAUGGAUUUGAUUACCUGCUGACCUACAGUGACGAUCCUCAGACCGUUUUUCCUCGUUACUGUGUGAACUGGAUGGUGUCAAGUGGUAUGCCUGACUUUCUGGAGAAGCUCCACACUGCUGCCUUGAAGGCCAAGAACCUGGAAGUGGGGAUCCGCGACUACGUAGCCGUCAUUAAAUCCAAAGACGGCAACCGCCAGCCGAACCAGGAGCGCCUCAGUGGGGAAAAGCCACAUGCGGGCGGUCCGGGACAGAUCUACGCUUGAGAUGGACAUUUUUAUAGAUUGGGGAUUAUGUUGGUCUGUUUUCACAUGCAGAUUCUCAAUCAAACCGCCAACACCUUGGGUAGACUGCGUUCGCUGCAAAUGGAAGUUGCAACAUACAGUGUGUCCAACUUUAGACAUGGGUAUAUUGGUUGUCGAUGACAUGUCACAAGAACAAUGGCUUGCCAUAGAAAAACUUCACAAUGGCUCUACUGUUGCUUAGCCAAUGCGACGGCCUUGUUUUGGUAAUAAUGUACGUCUUAGAAAUGUUGGUAAAAUUGAGCCAAAACUGCUAGUUAGGCAUGCUUUUGCCAAAACACUGUUUUGCUUCUUUGUUUUCUUUGUUUUCUCUCACAAUGCUCGACAAACCGUGACUUUAAAGGCUGUUUGGAUUGCGUGCAGCCCCGUUAAACAGUGUCUAUGGGGCGAUUUCACGUGGUGUUGUGCAGCAGCAACGGACAUUGAAAGGUAACCAAUUGGCUUAUAAUGGACAGUGUCACUGUAUUUCAGCUACAGCCAGGAUCCUCCUACUGACCGAUGAAGAAUUGAGGCGUCUGCAGGCGAACAAUUCUAACACCGUUUUUUAAUUUCAUUGAUUUGACGACACUUUUCUUUUCAUUGCAGCAUUAGUGAUUGAUAUAAUGGGGGGGGGGGAGAAAUAAACAACAACUAAUGAUGCCAUUAUUGGGGAUUUUUUUAUGUACAGAAGUUUAAAUAAACUCAAGCACUUCUUUUAUUUUUGAGGGGAUGGAAAUGUUUGGCUGUUAGCACGGCGAAGGGUUUCAUUCUAUUCAGCUCACAGCGGCUGCUCUAGACUGCCAGUGUUGACAAAACAGCCUAUAUAAACCUGUCCUUUAACAUCUGGGCCAUUGUGUCUUAUAACAACCACAUAGAUCCUCAAAUAGUGUUACUGAUGCACUUCGGUUGAGUUCUACAAACAAUGCAAUCCUAAAGAAAUGCAUUUUCAUGGAUCAAGAUUUCUUUAUGGAAAAUAAUUUUUGCCACAUCACUGUCCAUUUGCAUUUCAAAUGAAUUUCAAAAAAAGCAUUUCCUGUUGUUUUUUUUAUCUGGUUGUCCACCACAGGCUCCAGAUCAGUCUGUAGUGUCAAGUGUGUGUGAAUGUUUUCUUUAAUACUAUAGGUUUUGUGUGUAUACAUCUGUGAAUACUGGAAGUCAUCAUUGAUUAUUUAGAAAUUAAUGUGGAUCCAACAAUUCAUCCAUCCAAAUCGUUCUUUGCUUCUGUAAUACAUUAUGCAGGAGCCUUUAUGAAUGUCCAAUGAGCUUCCCAUUCUGUGAAGUAAAAUAUUGCAUAAAUACAAUGUUUACAGCCUAACAAUCUGGCAAAAGUAUCCUAAAAUGCAUUUGUAUGUUAAAAACAUCUCAUCUCGUACUAAAGUGGUAUGUAAUGGUGGUGCAUGAGAGGGAAUCAGCUGUAGGUAUCCACCUUUCUGAAGGUCCAACAUGUGAGCGAAUAAUGUAGAAUAAUAUAACCCCAUUGUGAAGAAAACGUUUUUUGUAUUUACCUCUUGUAUAGACAAAUUAAAGAGUAAAGUGAUUCUAGUAACAUCAAACAUUACGCAACGUUUGCUAAUAUUCACCUUGCAAAUGUGUUGUAACUGCUGAUCUUUUUUGUGGAUGCUUGAGGGCCAUCUCCAGUAGUCUAAAGACUGGUCACAUGCUAUUUGUUUUUUAUUUCCGCAAGCAGCAAAGACUUUAUGAUUAGAUAGAAUAUGAGAAUUACUUUAAAAACAGAAAAAAUGUUUUGUAUGGACGGCAUCUGCUCCAUUUGUUACCUUUUGAUUUCAGGACUGACUGAAAUGGAGGCCAGUCUCAGAUCUAAUAAACGUAACAAUCUGUC